GACGAUAAAGCGAGAGGUUAGGCUCUCGACGUCAAAGCAGGGGGAUUGCAGAGCUAUAGUUGCGUCCAUACUUAUUAUUAUUUAUUAUUAUAUAUAUAUUAUAUAAUUAUUUCUCAAAAAUAGUUAGGUUACCGCAUAAGAUUAAAGGGGUUUUAUUAAAAUAGGGAUGCCGGGGGGGACGCUCUUGGAGAACGCCAACCCGCUUAUCUUUCAGCGGUCUGGGGAAAGGCCGGUUACUCUAGAGGAAGAAGAUGAAAACUUUGCAGAUCCCAUCGAUGACAGGGAGGUGUUCGACCUUAUCAGGUCCAUAAAUGACCCCGAACAUCCGCUUUCACUCGAGGAGCUUAAUGUUGUGGAGGAGAUGAGAGUUCAUGUGAAUGACCAGGCGAGUACAGUCGGAGUGGAGUUCACGCCCACGAUCCCCCACUGCAGCAUGGCUACCCUGAUAGGCCUGUCCAUCAAAGUCAAACUGCUGAGAUCGCUGCCUGAUCGUUUCAAGAUUGAUGUACACAUCACACCUGGAACUCACACUGCUGAGGAAGCAGUUAACAAGCAGCUUGCAGAUAAGGAGAGAGUGGCUGCCGCUUUGGAGAACUCGCAUCUCCUGGAGGUGGUGAACCAGUGCCUCAACACCAAGCCCGCGUGACCAUGCCAAGCAUUUUAUUUUUCUCCAAAAUGUCCCCUUUACAGUUUUUUUCCUGUUGUUUGGCACAGCUUUUUGAAUUUCGUAUUGUGAAUAAAUAAACUUAACUAUGUUUAUUAACUAAA